AUGAUGAAAGAUUAUUAUUCUAGCCACCCUUCAGCUCCUUCAAGAGCUAAUAGAAGUGGCUAUGAUAGUCCCCACAAUUCGCGCUACUCAGAAUUUAACCAAGAUGAUGAUCCAGACAAUGCUAGCAAAAGACAAGAAGAACUAUCGCAAUGCGAUAGUUCAAGAAACCAUGAAGAUAUGGUGCCGAUUAUAUAAAAAUAUCUUAUAUUUCCGAUUAGAAAAAAUUGCUGAAUUUGUUAAUAGGAAAAUAAAGGAGAAAUACUAUAGCUUACUCACAUAUUUUCAAGAAGCUCUUGGAAACAAAUUCACAGAAAUGCUUAGUUUUCAUAAGGAACUGAUUUCUGAAUAUAAUAAGAGAGAUACAAUACGAGAAGAGAAAAUCAGAAAAUUAGUUGAUGAUAUUGCAGAUUUAUCGAAAAGGAACUCACAGCUGCAAGUUGAAAACCAAAAAAUGAGGCAGGUUUUGAUGGAAAAUAGACAUACGUAA